CCAGACCUCCUCCUCUCCUGGGGGCUCCCUCUGGUCCACAGGCCCGCCCGCCGAGCUGCUGGCCAUGCCACUGAAACAUUACCUCCUUUUGCUAGUGGGCUGCCAGGCUUGGGCAGCAGGCUUGGCCUACUAUGGCUGCCCUAGUGAGUGCACCUGCUCCAGGGCCUCUCAAGUGGAGUGCACGGGAGCGCGCAUCGUGGCAGUGCCCACCCCUCUGCCCUGGAAUGCCAUGAGCCUGCAGAUCCUCAACACGCACAUCACUGAGCUCACCGAGUCCCCGUUCCUCAAUAUCUCAGCCCUCGUGGCCCUGAGGAUUGAAAAAAAUGAGCUGUCGAGCAUCAUGCCUGGGGCCUUCCGCAACCUGGGCUCGCUGCGCUACCUCAGCCUUGCCAACAACAAGCUGCAGAUGCUGCCUGUCGGCCUCUUCCAGGGUCUGGACAACCUGGAGUCCCUUUUUCUCUCCAGCAACCAGCUGGUACAGAUCCAGCCAGCCCACUUCUCCCAGUUCAGCAACCUGAAGGAGCUGCAGUUGCACGGCAACCAUCUGGAAUAUGUCCCCGAUGGUGUCUUUGACCACCUGGUGGGACUCACCAAACUCAACCUGGGCAGGAACAACCUCAGUCACCUGUCCCCCAGGGUCUUUCAGCACCUAGGCAACCUCCAGGUGCUCCGGUUGUAUGAGAACAGGCUGUCGGAAAUCCCCAUGGGCACUUUUGAUGGGCUCGGCAACCUGCAGGAGCUGGCCCUUCAGCAGAACCAGAUAGGCAUGCUCUCCCCUGGCCUCUUCCACAACAACCGUAACCUGCAGAGGCUCUACCUGUCCAACAACCACAUCUCACAGUUGCCGCCCGGCAUCUUCAUGCAGCUGCCCCAGCUCAACCGACUCACGCUCUUUGGGAACUCCCUGAAGGAGCUCUCCCCAGGGGUCUUCGGGCCCAUGCAUAACCUUCGGGAGCUCUGGCUCUAUGACAACCACAUCACUUUUCUUCCUGACAACAUUUUCAACAACCUGAGCCAGCUGCAAGUCUUGAUUCUUAGUCGCAACCAAAUCACAGCCAUAUCCCCGGGAGCCUUCAACGGGCUGACGGAACUUCGAGAGUUGUCCCUCCACACCAACCAGAUACAGGACCUGGAUGGGAACGUCUUCAGGAUGCUGGCCAACCUGCAGAAUGUCUCCCUCCAGAACAACCGCCUCCGACAGCUCCCUGGCAACAUCUUUGCUAAUGUCAAUGGCCUCAUGACCAUCCAGCUACAGAAUAACCAGCUGCAGAACUUGCCCCUGGGUAUCUUUGAUCACUUGGGAAACCUGUGUGAGCUGAGGCUCUACGACAACCCCUGGAGGUGUGACUCAGACAUCCUUCCUCUCCACAACUGGCUCCUGCUCAACAAAGGCAGGUUAGGGACAGACGCUCUUCCCGUGUGUUCAAGCCCAGCCAAUGUCCGAGGCCAGUCCCUCGUUGUCGUCAAUGUCAUUGUGCCCAGUGUCCACGUCCCAGCGAUCUCUGAGGAGCCCAGAUACCCAGAGACACCACGGUACCCAGAUACACCCAGCUAUUCUGAUACCACGUCCGUUGCCUCUACUACAGAGUUCACCAGCUCCACGUAUGACUACACCGAUCUCAGCACUAUUGGGGCCACCGACGGCCGAAACACGUGGGGCAUGACCGAUGCCCAGAGUGGGCUGGCUAUUGCUGCCAUUGUAAUUGGCAUCGUUGCCUUGGCCUGCUCCCUAGCUGCUUGCAUCUGCUGUUGCUGCUGUAAGAAGAGGAGCCAGGCGGUCCUGAUGCAGAUGAAGGCUCCCAAUGAGUGUUAGGGAGGAAGGCUGAGGAAGGGCUGAAGAAGGGUGAGACCAGAGGGUCUCCACCUCUGGGUCCACACAGCUAGGCUCUGAUGGCCCUCUGAGACCUAGAGAACUUGUCCGGACCCACCUUAUUCUUCUCUAUAGAGAAGCAGGUUUCGCAGGACCCUCUUACGACCAAGGAGAGCCAACGGCUCCAGGGGAUUUCUAGUCAACAUUUGGGCCCUUCUACAAAUCCUCACCCCACAUUUCAUCCAAGAACAAUGUCCCCUGUGCCCAGCCCCUCCUGGCCUCUGUAGACUCAAGGAUGACAAAGCCAGCUUAUGGUGUGAGAUAGUUCUCUCCCGGGACAAUCCCUCUCCUCAAAGUAUGACACAUUGAUUUCUCUUCUUUCGCUUCUCUUUUUGGGCCACGGCUUAAUCUUGACAUACCCCACCCCCGCCAUGAAAGUGUCCCCCUUGAUUUUCUGCUCCUGAAGGCAGAGUGAGUUUUCUCCUCAGAGAAGGCUCGGAAGCUUUUAGCUGACUGUGCUUGGUGCGUAGGGUUAUCCGUGAAAGGAAAUGAGAGCAGGCCCCACCAUUCCGGGACCAAGCUGUCAUUAGCAUCUCUUGUGAUUUUCAUCUGGAGAAGGAGGAAAGGCACCCACAUGACAACUGCCUUUUAGAGAACAAUAUUUACAAGUGACAAACUUGGUUUUCAAAAAUCUUAACCCUUUAUGGAAUGAAACCAUGCAGAAUUGCUAAGUUGUAGAAACACACAAAUCAAGUUUUAGUACUGAAUGGAGAAAGAAACCUGGUACCUGGGGUCCUUGAAUUCACACUUACACUUUUCUUUCUCAGUUCUUUAUUGAAGGGUCAUAUACAUACUUCAGAAAAGUGGUAGUGUGUUAGUGUUUACUCUGAAGAAUUCUCACAAACCGAAUAUAUCUGUGUAUCCAGCCUCCUAUCAAGAAACCAAAGAUCAUCAUUGUCCCCCUCCUCAGAUUGUUCUGGAGAACUUCUGGAGAUGGUGUAUGGACUUUCCACCUUCCCAUGAGCCAGAGCAGGGUCCUCAUUGCCUCUCCAUGGCCAGCCCUUGCAAAGGCCCAGUUUGCAGCGGUGGAGGAGAAGAUGUGGGUCUGAACAGAACAGGAGGCCCCAGGCUAGCCAGACCAGAGGCGUCUACAGAGGUCCAUGCAACCACACUCUGCCUUGCUAGCAAGUCCUGUGCUGCUCAUUGGGGACCUCUCUGCUGGGCCUUUUAUGGGCAUAAUCGGCCUAUUUCUGUUUUUAAUUUUCAUUCUCUAUUUGAGGGAAGUGAAAUAGUUCAGAGAUGAGAUCUUUUAAUUGAAUACCCAAGUGUAAUGGAAACCAGGACUUCUUCUAGCAUUGUGGUAAAAUUCUCCACCAACACUAGUCAGCUAAUAACUGACUGCAGGGUGUUCAGACAGCAGAUGUUAGGGCAUGCUGGCAGGUCACACUGGCGGAGGCUAGCUCUCAGUGGACGGGUUAUGAGUUGAAUGGCUUGGUUCAGGAUCUUUGAGCUGGUCACAUGAAUACCUGCUUUGGCUGUGUUUUCUGCUACACGUAUAUUCACACAUGUUAAGAAAUGCUCAAGGCAACAUGUUUUUCUUGGGACAACUGGUCUACAUGUUCAAAAGGAAAAAUUAACGAAAUAGAGAAUUUCGGGUUUCCAUAUGUUCCCAAGGAAGAACUUUAGCAAGGAUUUGGAAAUCCUUUUCCAAUCCUGAUUUGUGCUUACAGUUUCUUCUGCCCCAUACGACAAAUGAGAAAUCUCCUGGGGCAGCAGGGAACUAAUGGGGUAGCCAGGCUUCUGACGGUCCUCUGACACCAAAGGCUGGAAGAACUAUUGGUGAAAACCGGCUCACUUUUUAGCUUUUCAACAAUCUGCCCUGGAGGAUCUGAUGUCAUCUUCCCAAGGGAGUUCUGUGUCUUCAAACUGUUUUCAAAAUAUCAAUAGCAUCUGACAGACAUGUAACAAGGCCGGCUUGAGCGCAUCAUUCCUCUGACUGUGGCCUGUUGGUGGGCUCUAAACUGAGGCAGGGAGCUAGUCCUGCACUCCUCUUAUCCAAAUGGAAGCAUGCCCACGCUGUAAUCCUCAGAACCAGAACCAUCAGGUGGCUCCAAAAUGCGAAUGAGGAUAGAGAGAGGAGGAAUCCUCCCCAUUAGUGUUCCAUGCUGAUCUUAACAUGGAACCUGUGGUCAUUACAUUGGAGAACUUUCCUCGCUGUCCCUAAGGCUGGCCUGAGGGCAGCUAUCUUCUGAUGGCCUGCCCAGAACCACACAGGUAGUAUUGGCAGAAUCUUAUGAGCUCACCUGUUCUUUAUUCCACCAGGGUGGGUGAUAGAAUCAUCAAGCCUGGCCUGCUGCUUCUUGGCAGGCCUUUCAGUCUCCUUGAACCAUUUUGUCUGGCCAUGGUGAGAGUCUCCAAAUACAAUUGAUAGUAUGUCAUUUCCAGUAGGAUAAUGUACUUGCUCAAUUCUUGAGGCUGGAAUGAGCUGGGUGGUUUCCAGAAGUUCGUGCAGAGUUCAGUUCAAUUUCUUCCUCUACUCACAGGCUUCUGAGCCACCUGGCGAUCACCGGCAGGGCAGAGCGAGAGGGGGAGUCAAUGUUGGCAGAUAACUAUAAAGGCCAAUUAGAACCACCAUUUGCAAAGGAGCUCAGGUGCCUCUGUGCCCUUCAAAGCUCUCAGCACACAUUUUCCUUUUAACCCUCAACAUCCUGUGAAAUGAGUGCCAUCAUGCUCCACUUGUGAUAGGGCAUUAGACUGCCGGCUCUGCACACAAUUCCAUAGGCAGUGGGUUUGUGUCUUUCUCCCACCCCUGUACAAGACUUCAUGACCUGUUUAGGCAUUCAUCACAAGAUCAAAGAAAACAGGAGUUACCUUCUUGGUGCUCCCCAUAGGGUUAGGCAUUGGAACUUCACUUGGUGUUGAUGGACCAAAGCUUUGUAGAUGCAGGAGAUGAUCUAGCAAGAAAGCUGGCCUCUGGGGGAAAACUGCCAGACCAUGUAUUUUCUGUUCCUCUCUGGAAUGGAGAGGCACAGUGAGUUCCUAGAGCUUUUCAUGAGCAGCCACACAACUUGCAUAGGCCUUCACAUGGCAAAGUGAAGCUGUAUCAGGAGUGGAGUUCCAACCUCAGGAAGGGCAUGGAGAACAGACAGGUAACUAGACUUGGUAAUCAGACAUCGGAUGUGCCCUGGUUUGAUCUACAAGUUACUCAAAUGACUCAGCCCACAGUCCCCACAGUCAGAACCAAAUCUGGCUGUUGGGAAGUAAGUGGUGGUCUUGGAAGGGAGGCCAUGACUCUGGUCCAGAUGGCAGGCAGUGAUGGCUUCUAGGUGAAGUGCCUCCCAGCCCCUGAGUCCUUUUCCUAACAGGAGAUUCUUCUCACCUUCUCUCCCGUUGCCUUCACAGUGCCUUCUAAGGUGGAUCACGCUUGCCUCAUUAGAGAUUCAUGGCAAAUAAUCUCAGGCACUUAGCAAUACAUUUAGAGAUUUCUAGACCCCCAGGGGUUUAUACAGUACAAGCCCUGGUGGGCAGGGUUGGGGAUCUUUCCUUUGCUGGACGUUGCUUGUAACAGAUUUGGUGUACAGAAUCAACAAUAAAUGGUAUAUACAGGA